UGUCCCACCACCUCUUCCUCUGGCAGCGAACUGCAGAUCGGUGACUCUGGCUGCCCUCUUCGUAUUAUGUCUGCACUUCGAAGGAAAUUUGGGGACGAUUACCAGGUAGUGACCACCUCGUCCAGUGGCUCAGGCUUCCACCAGCAGCAGGCAUCGGCCCAUAAGAAAAAGCGCCAGCGGUUCGUGGACAAGAAUGGCAGGUGCAACGUGCAACAUGGCAACCUGGGCAGUGAGACGAGCCGCUACCUGUCGGACCUGUUCACUACUCUGGUGGAUCUCAAGUGGCGCUGGAACCUUUUCAUCUUUAUCCUCACCUAUACUGUGGCCUGGCUUUUUAUGGCCUCCAUGUGGUGGGUCAUUGCCUACAUGCGGGGUGACUUGAACAAAGCCCAUGAUGAGAAGUAUACUCCUUGUGUGGCCAACGUCUACAAUUUCCCCUCUGCCUUCCUCUUCUUUAUAGAGACAGAGGCUACUAUUGGUUAUGGCUACCGAUACAUUACAGACAAAUGUCCGGAGGGCAUCAUCCUCUUCCUUUUCCAGUCCAUCCUGGGUUCCAUUGUGGAUGCAUUUCUCAUUGGCUGUAUGUUCAUCAAGAUGUCCCAACCUAAGAAACGGGCAGAGACACUGAUGUUCAGUGAACAUGCUGUAAUCUCCAUGAGGGAUGGCAAACUCACCCUCAUGUUCAGAGUGGGCAACCUUCGCAACAGCCACAUGGUCUCUGCGCAGAUCCGCUGCAAACUCCUCAAAUCUCGACAAACACCUGAGGGUGAGUUUCUCCCCCUUGAUCAACUUGAACUGGAUGUAGGUUUUAGCACGGGGGCAGACCAACUUUUUCUUGUUUCACCUCUUACGAUCUGCCAUGUGAUCGAUUCAAAAAGCCCCUUCUAUGACCUUUCUCAGCGAAGCAUGCAAACUGAACAGUUUGAAAUUGUUGUCAUCCUAGAGGGUAUCGUGGAAACAACUGGGAUGACUUGUCAAGCCCGAACAUCCUACACAGAAGAUGAAGUUCUCUGGGGUCAUCGUUUCUUCCCUGUUAUUUCCUUAGAGGAAGGAUUCUUCAAAGUAGACUAUUCCCAGUUCCAUGCAACAUUUGAAGUUCCUACUACACCUUACAGUGUGAAAGAACAGGAAGAAAUGCUUCUUAUGUCCUCCCCUUUAAUAGCACCAGCUGUAAGUAACAGUAAAGAAAGGAAUAAUUCUGUAGAAUGUCUAGAUGGUUUAGAUGACAUUGGUACAAAAAUACCAUCAAAACUGCAGAAAAUGACUGGAAGGGAAGACUUUCCUAAAAAACUAUUGAGAAUGAGUUCUACCACUUCGGAAAAGGCCUACAGCAUGGGGGACCUACCUAUGAAACUUCAGCGAAUAAGUUCUGUCCCUGGCAACUCAGAAGAGAAACUGGUAUCUAAAACCACAAAGAUGUUGUCAGAUCCUAUGAGCCAGUCUAUGGCAGACUUGCCACCAAAACUUCAAAGAUUAUCAGGAGGAGGAGGAGGUAGAAUGGAUGGAAACCUCCCCCCCAAACUGAGGAAAAUGAAUUCUGAUCGAUUUACAUAACAUGAACAAACCUUUCAGGUAUUAUUUCAAGUUUGAAUUGCUAUUCAAUCCAUUUUGGGCAGGAAAGCAGACACAUUGAAAAUACUAUUUGAUGACCAAUUUUCCUUAGAACUACAUGCACUCUGGGACAAUGUUCUUCCCCAAAAUGGAGGACUAUGUUGAAUUCUACUAUAAAAGAUCUGAAGUUCAGCUUAAGGCCAUAUGAAAGCUAAUAAGCUAAUAUUAAUCGGCAUGUAGUAUCACCAAAAGCAUGCAAUAAUAGUGUGCAAAUUUUGCAUAUAGUUUUAUGGCAUGGUUCUUACUAUAUUUAUACUGUAUAUUCUGGGGAAAAAUGUAAAUGGGGUGUUAUUCUUCUAUAUUUCUUAAGCGUUAAGUAGUAGAUAAAACUUAAAAGAGGCAGGUUAUAGAUUAAUUUAUAAUCGGCUCAAUUCAGCCAAAGCUAAACAUUUUAGGUAUGAGCCAUUUGCCCAUUAUAU